AUGGAUUCAACUGUUUUAUCACCACUUCUUACACCACCACAAAUCCCACCUCCGCCACCACCGCCUCAUCCUCCUAUGAUUCCUGUUGAUCACACAACAUUACUCAGUCAAAUUAAAACAACAACACGUAAUUCGAUUCUUUUGUGCAGUGAUAACACUUCAAUGACAACUAACACCUAUAUGGCUGAUAGUGGUUUUGAUUCAUCAAGUUCACAUGCCGUUGCUCCACCUGUACCUCCUCCACCCAUACCAUCAUCAACACAUUGUACUGCUUUCAUGAUACAAACACAAACCGGCAAUGCUCUCUUAAUACCUCAUGCACAAGGUACAUUGAUGCCUUCUUCGACUAUUGAUCUAAACGGUAGUAAUAUUAAUAAUGGUACACUUCCUCUUCGAUCUUCCGCCUACUCAUGUCCAAAUCCUACUCAACUAACAACAACAACAAUGUCAACUAUUGAUCGACCACGUUCUAAUUUAUCAAAUGUCUAUCAGACAAUUGAUGCCGACAGCUUUCGAAAUAAUUGUUAUGUUUAUCCGUUGGAUCAUCAUCAUCAUCAUUCUCAUUCACAUAUUCGUUGUAAUUGUGAUUCAACAACAUAUAAUGAACAAACAACAACAACAACACGACAAUCAACACAUUCACCUUGUCCAUUAUUUAAUAAUUCAUCAGGUCGAUUAAAAAAACGAAAAACAGAUGAAAAUUAUUUUCAGAGAAAUUUUUUUUCAUGGAAAACAAUUGCAAUUAUUUUUAUUUUAACAACAUUAUGUUUCUUAGUAUCAACUAUUUAUUUAUCAAUUAUGCAUUUUUAUCAUCCAACAUUUCGAGAAAUAAAUUUAACACCACCAAAAAUUCGCCAACAAAAUUUAUUUUAUGGUAAAACAACACGUUUCAUUCGUAUUGGUGAUACAAUAAAGGAAACAAUAGAUUCACAAUCAAGUACACAAUUACAGUUUUAUAUCGAACGAACAACGUCAAUACAAUUUAAUUUUACAGCUAAUCGACAAGCAAAUUUUGGUAUUUAUGGCAAACGAUCGAAUUCUCCAAGUUUAACUCAAUUUGAUUUUUUUCAUUCGUUUCAUGAAAAUAAUCAACAACGACAACAUCAUCUUGUACGUCGAAGUUUAUUACAAAAUCGAACAUCACAAAUAUUUAUAACAAAUAUUAAUGAUGAACAAUUAACACUUUUAUGUAAUGAAUUAUUAACAACAGGACUUUGGUAUAUAACAAUAAUAAAUGAUGGUUUAACUAAAGAAAAAUUUCAAUUAAAUAUUGAUCAUAUCGAUGAAAAAAAUGAACGUACAUGUUUAAAUAAUUGUAAUAAUCAUGGUAUUUGUCAACAUGGUAUUUGUAUAUGUUAUCCAUCAUAUACAGGAUCGGAUUGUUCAGUUGCACAAUGUACAGAUUUAUGUAGUGAACAUGGUGUUAUUGAACAUGGACAAUGCCGUUGUCAAGAAGGUUGGCAUGGUGCUGAAUGUCAAUUAAUGUCCAAUCAAUGUGAAAUAAGUAAUUGUAAUAAUCAAGGUACUUGUAUUUCUGGUCAAUGUGUUUGUCAAAGUGGUUAUCAAGGAAAAUUUUGUGAACAGAUUUCAUGUCAAAAUGUUAAUUGUAGUAAUCAUGGUAUAUGCAUUGAAGGACAAUGUCGUUGUUUUCAUGGAUAUACCAAUAACGAUUGUUCAAUAUUAAUUCAUUCACAAUGUGAUAAUCGAUGUUCAGAACAUGGACAAUAUGUUGAUUAUCCGAAAUCAAUGUGUAUAUGUGAUAAUAAUUGGACAGGUGAAGAUUGUUCACAACCAAAAUGUAAUAUUGAUUGUGGCAUUCAUGGACAAUGUUCUAUGAAUAAUAAAGAUAAAUGUCAAUGUGAUGAUGGAUGGACAGGAGAAAAUUGUACGAAAAAGAUUUGUUCAAAAUUAUGUAAACAAUGUGAUAAUAAUGGAACUUGUUUAUGUCAAAAUGAAUAUACUGGUCGAUAUUGUCAAAUAGAUGCUUGUCCGAAUAAUUGUAAUGGACAUGGAGAAUGUAAAAUAAAUAAAUGUAUAUGUCACACUAAUUGGUUUGGACCAGAAUGUCAAUUUACAAUUGAAAAUAAUUGCAAUGAUCAAAUCGAUAAUGAUAAUGAUAAUUUAAAUUUAAUAACAAUAUCACGUCGUAUUGAUGAAUAUAAACGUUUAAAAGAAAUAAAUUUUAAUUAUAAAAAUCAAAAACGUUUAAAUAUUGAAUUUAUUUAUAAUAAUAAACAAUUAUUAUUAGAACAAAUUAAAAUAUCAUUAAAUGAACUUGAAAAAUAUACAUAUUUGUAUGAAUAUGAUUAUUUAAAGCGUUUAAUAAAUAUUAAAAAAAAUCAAUAUUCAAUUGAUCAUUAUCAAUAUGAUUUGAAUAAUAAUUUAAAUUUAACAAAAUCUUAUCAAUCUAUUCAAUAUAAUCAAUGGAAUCAAAUAAUACAAAUAAUAACAAAUGAUAAUUUAACAUUAAAUUAUAAAUAUGAUCAAAAUGGUUUUUUACAUAUAAUAUCAAAUCAUAAAUUGUAUUUAUUUAAUUCCUAUGGCUUAUUAAUUAAAUAUAAACAUAAUCAAUUAAUAAUUGAUUAUAUUUAUGAUAAUGAGCAACGUUUAAUUAUGAAAUUAUAUUCAUUAACUGGUUAUUAUUUAAGAUUUAUAUAUGGAAAUCAACAGCAACGUAAAUUAAUAACACAUAUAUAUAAUUCACAAUUUAAAUUUUUAACAAGUAUUUAUUAUGACAAUCAAAAUAAUUUAAUUGGCUUUGAACAAAAUGAAAAAAAAUUUUUUAUAUUAACAGAUCAAAUUGGUUCGCCAUUAUUUAUUUAUGAUAAUAAUGGUUUAUUAAUACAAGAGAAAUUUUAUGGUUUAUAUGGACAAAUUUUAAUUGAAAAAAAUUUUCAAGAUAGAAUAUUUUUUCCAUUUGGCUAUGCAGGUUUAUUAAUUGAUGAAGAUUUAAAUUGUGCUUUUGAAAAAAUUCAUGGAAAAUUAUAUGAUCUUAAUCUUGGAAGAUACUUAGUACCAAAUUUUCCUUCAACAUGGAUAAAUAAACAAACCUAUUUACCUAAUAUUAAUAACCCAUUAAAUAAUAUGAAUUUAUAUAAAAUUAAUGAUGAAAUUUAUAAUAUUAAUGAAAUAUAUUUUCAAAGAUUUCAUCAGAAUGACAUUCUUAGUCAAUUACAAAAUCUAAAUUAUGAUUUUACAAAUGCAUAUGAUUCAAUGUUAUCUUCACCAUAUUUUAAUAAUCAAAAUACUAUUCUUGAAGAGAAUUCUUUAAUUUAUUCAUCAUUUUUUUCAUAUUUUAAUGAACAUUAUACAAUAUCAUAUCCAAACAAAUUCACUUAUUCAAUAGCACAUAUACAAAAUGAAAAUGAUUUUUGGAUAAAUCGUACAUUAUCAAUAAAAAAUCCAAAUAAUCAAAUAGAAUUUAUUUCAUUUACAUUAUAUGAUGAUUUAUUUUCUACACUUUUUAAUCAAUCGUAUUUAAUGCCAUAUCGUAAACAAAAUCAUUUAUAUUUUCUUCAAAAUUUAAAUAAUUAUCAACAAUUAAAAUCUUAUCUUAAUCAACAAUUAUUUCAUCAAUUUAAAAUAAAUAUACGACAACAAAUAAAUAUAAAUAAUCAUAUCGAUAUGGAUUUAAUUAUAAGUAAUACAACUAUAUUUCAUAUUAAAUUUGGUUCAACAUAUAAUGAUGAAUAUCAAUAUUUAAUUGAUAAUAAUCUAUCACAAAUGAUUAAAAAUGUUUGGCAAUAUGAACGAACAUAUUUAAUGGAAAAUUUUCGUUUAUAUUAUUUAUAUACAUGGUCACAAAAUGAAAUUGAUGAAUUAAUAAGCAAUGGUUAUUUAACAAAUUAUACGAUUGUUUAUCGAUAUGAUCCAUCGAUUUAUCCAGAAAUAAUUGAUGAUCCAACAAAUUUUAUAUUUCAAAUGAAAACAUAA